CUUCUUGUCCGCAGCCAUCCUACAGGCUUCUGUAAUGCUCCCGAAAUAUUCUGACCAACGAAUUUCUGCUUUGAUUCAGAAUUAGGAAAGUUAAUGGCACUUUAAUUCGGAUUUCUUCGCAAUUCCUUCCGAUUGAUAAUCUAUUUUCAUCGUCAGGUACCAGGUGAUGUGUUGAAGACAUGCUUUACAGAAACUUUUUCAUGACCCAAUUUGAUUAAGAGCUGGUUACUGCCCUCUCAUUUUUGCCUCAUAAGCAGUCUGAAUUCUGUUGUUUCAAACUGGCUGUGGUCAUUUAUUGGGUUGUUCUUGGAUCUGCUGCUUUAGUUAUACUCCUAUUCCUCCAUAAUGACUUCCAAAGCAAUGCUGCGAAAGCGAAAAUUCAUUCUUGAUUCUAUUAAGCAAUCCCAUCACUGGGUUCAAGGCACUUUAUGUUCUAAGCAUGAAAAUUUGUUCGAGAUUCCUAACUCAGGGAAUCUGUUUGGGCCCAAUAGACAUUUGCAGCCGUCUGUCCUUUCUAGUGAGAAAAAAGAUUUUCAUCCUGUAACUAAACAGACAAGAAAGUCUAUUUCUACAAAGACUUUCGUUCCAUACAGCUCUUAUGGUGGUCCAACUUUGUCAUGGGGGACUAGAGUACCUGGAGAGUUUACCUCUUUGGGAUUUAGGUGGACAAGAGAGUAUAUGCGUUCACUUUCUACUGCUCCUGCUGGUCACCCAAAACUAGGAGAUGGUGAUGAUAAGGAUGGUGAACUGACUAGUAAGAAGAAGGAACCUUCAGCAGAAGAAUGCGAUCAGGCAGUUGAAGGUUUGAGCUCUGUCAAAGCCAAGGCACAGGCCAAGCAGCUGCAAGAUUCUCAAAAGGGAGCAAAUCUUAUUUUGAAAAGGGUGUGGGCUAUGAUUUUAGGGAUUGGCCCCGCUUUGCGAGCUGUUGCUUCUAUGAGCAGGGAGGAUUGGGUAAAAAAAUUGCGACACUGGAAGGAUGAAUUUAAGUCUACAAUGCAGCAUUAUUGGUUGGGCACAAAGCUCCUGUGGGCUGAUGUUAGAAUUAGCUUGAGAUUAUUGUUGAAACUUGCUGGUGGAAAGUCCCUAUCCAGGAGGGAGAGGCAGCAGCUGACACGAACGACUGCAGAUAUUUUCAGGCUUGUUCCUUUUGCCGUCUUCAUUAUUGUUCCAUUCAUGGAGUUCCUGCUGCCAGUAUUCCUGAAAUUGUUUCCUAACAUGUUACCAUCAACAUUCCAGGAUAAGAUGAAAGAGCAGGAAGCCCUGAAAAAAAGGCUAAAUGCAAGAAUAGAAUAUGCUAAGUUUCUGCAAGAGACAGUAAAGGAAAUGGCAAAGGAAGUUCAAAAUACAAGAAGUGGAGAUAUAAAGAAAACAGCUGAAGAUCUUGACGAAUUCAUGAACAAGGUCAGGAAAGGGACACCUGUUUCCAAUGAUGAAAUCUUGGGCUUUGCUAAGUUGUUCAAUGAUGAGCUCACUCUUGAUAACAUUAGCAGAUCUCGGUUGAUGACAAUGUGCAAAUAUAUGGGUAUCAAUCCUUACGGUACUGAUGCAUAUCUGCGCUAUAUGCUUCGAAAGAAACUUCAGAAAAUAAAGGAAGAUGAUCGAAUGAUUCAAGUUGAGGGCAUUGAGUCCCUUUCAGAGGAGGAGCUGCGCCAAGCAUGUAGAGAACGUGGAUUGCUUGGACUCCUCUCAGUUGAUGAAAUGCGAAAACAGCUACAAGAUUGGUUGGACUUAUCUCUCAACCAUUCGGUCCCAUCAUCUCUAUUAAUUUUGUCAAGAGCAUUUAGUGUCUCUGGUAAAGUGAGGCCUGAGGAAGCUGUUCAAGCUACGCUUUCUUCUCUUCCAGAUGAGGUGGUGGACACUGUUGGGAUUACAUCUUUGCCCUCCGAAGAUUCUGUCUCAGAAAGGAGGAGGAAGUUAGAAUUCCUGGAAAUGCAAGAAGAAUUAAUCAAGGAGGAGGAAGAGAAAGAGGAGGGGGAGCAGGCUAGGUUGAAGGAAUCUGUUUCAGGACAGAAAGAUGUGGCCUUGGAAGAGAUGGUUGAUGCAACAGCAAAAGAAGCAGAAGAUCGUGAAAUGACAAAAAAUGUGGAUAAGCAAGAACAACUUUGUGAGCUCAGUCGUGCAUUGGCUGUAUUAGCAUCUGCAUCAUCUGUGACAAAGGAACGAGAGGAGUUUCUUGGACUUGUUAACAAAGAGAUAGAUCUCUAUAAUAACAUGGUGGAGAAAGAGGGAACUGAUGGACAGGAAGCAGCCCGAGAAGCAUAUAGAGCAGCUAGAGAGGAAAGUGAUCAUGCUGCUGAGAGGGCUGCAGGUCAUAAAGUAUCUUCAGCUCUCAUAAACAGGGUUGAUGCAAUGCUGCAAAAGCUUGAAAAAGAAAUUGAUGAUGUAGAUGCAAAAAUUGGCGACCGUUGGCGUUUGCUUGAUCGGGAUUAUGACGGUAAAGUGACAGCUGAGGAGGUUGCUUCUGCUGCAAUGUAUUUGAAAGAUACUUUAGAUAAAGAGGGAAUUCAAGAACUCAUCAGCAAGUUAUCGAAGGAUGCAGAGGGGAAAAUCCUCGUGGAAGAUAUAAUCAAGUUAGCCGAGAAGGCAGAUGAUGAAGAAGCUGCCGAAGCAGGAAAAGCAUAGCCUAUUCUAUCGAUCUCCAUACACAUUAUUUUGUGCAACUUGCCGAGUAUAUCUCAAGUGAAACUAUUGCAGACAAAGCAAACCUUUUGAGUAUUUUUAUCGAGCGCUUUCAAAAGAGGUACGUCGAUAAAUGUUGUUCUAAGCAUGGUUUUAGAGAAUGGGAACAACUUAGUUUUGCAUAUCUAAGAGGGGGAGAGUCCUUUUGUGAUUUGAAAUGAAAUGCUUCUCUUAAUUUCUUGGGUUCAAAAUUCAGUAUAGAUUUGGAUGAUAGUCGAAUCGUAUUUUAAAAUAAAAUUAUGUUGUUGAAUUAUGAGCCAUUUGCUUCAAACAUA